CACGCCUUUCACUUGAAGUGUAGGAGGCAGCAACAGUAAAUGAGAGCAGAGUCCCAGAGCAAACUGCACAGCAGGUAGAAGUACAGUGCAGAAAUGCAGAACCUUUCCAUGUUGCUUCUGCUGCUCUGCAGUCUAUGCUGCUCUCCUACCACUGGCACCUUCCAGCUGACCAUACUCCACACUAACGAUGUCCAUGCUCGAGUGGAGCAAACUAACAGGGACUCGGGCAAAUGUGGCAACCCUGAAGAUUGCUAUGCUGGGGUGGCCAGGAGGUUCACCAAAAUCAAGGAGAUCCGGAGCACUCAGGAGCAUGUGCUGUUGUUGGACGCAGGGGAUCAGUACCAGGGCACAAUCUGGUUCAAUUACUACAAGGGGCACGAAGCUGCUUAUUUUAUGAAUUACCUCAAGUAUGAUGCAAUGGCUCUUGGAAACCACGAGUUUGACAAUGGCGUCUCUGGGCUUUUGAAACCAUUUCUUGAGGAGGUUAAGUUUCCAAUUCUGAGUGCAAACAUUAAGUCAGAUAAACAACUGGCUCCGACUAUUACUGGCUACUAUCUCCCUUAUAAAAUACUACAGGUCGGCCCAGAAAAAAUUGGUGUUAUUGGGUACUCAUCAAGGGAAACACCAGUCUUAUCAGAUUCAGGCCCACAUUUGGUGUUUGAAGAUGAAGUAUCAGCGUUACAGCCGGAAGUGGAUAAGCUUCUGACGCUUGGUGUCAACAAGAUAAUAGCUUUGGGGCACUCUGGAUUUGAAACAGAUAAACUUAUUGCUCAAAAGGUUAAAGGAAUUGAUGUUGUUGUAGGAGGACAUACAAAUACUUUUCUCUACACAGGUCCUGCACCCUCCAAUGACGUCCCAGUUGGCGAAUACCCUUUCAUUGUCCUGUCUGAUGAUGGCCGCUCUGUACCAGUUGUUCAAGCCUAUGCAUUUGGCAAAUAUCUUGGAUACUUAAACAUUACAUUCAAUGAUCAAGGAAACGUUAUCCAUUCUUCCGGAAAUCCAAUAUUGCUUGACCGAACCAUUCCAGAAGAUCCAACACUCCUAGGAGAAGUCAUUCAAUGGAAGGAAGCAAUAAAGAAUUACUCUGCCCAAUCGAUUGGGAAAACAUUAGUAUAUUUGAAUGGUUCAGCUUUGGAAUGCCGUAAUCGAGAAUGCAAUAUGGGAAAUUUAAUAUGUGACGCCAUGAUUGAUAACAACAUUCGGCAUCCGGAUGAAUUGAGAUGGAACCAUGUUUCUCUCUGCAUCUUAAAUGGAGGUGGAAUUCGAGCAUCGAUCGAUGAGAGAAUCAGUAAUGGAACCAUCACAACAGAAGACCUUAUAUCUGUUCUGCCUUUUGAAGGCACCUAUGAUUUGAUUGAAAUUAAAGGGUCAACAUUAAAAGCUGCAUUUGAGCACAGUGUUCAUCGAUAUGGCUCUGGAACUGGUGAAUUCUUACAAGUUGGCGGCAUCAAAGUGGUUUUCGAUAUAGAUAAAAGCCCUGGACAACGUGUUGUUAAAUUAGAGGUUGUCUGUACAGAAUGCCGUGUACCGAUAUAUGUUCCGGUGGAAAUGGACAAGAUCUACAAAGUUGUGCUUCCCUCUUAUACUGCUGCAGGGGGUGACGGCUUUAGUAUGCUUAAAGAUGAAAGCUUGAAGCAUGAUAGUGGUGAUACUGAUCUAACAGUCGUAUCCAAUUAUAUUACCCAAAGGGGAAGGGUUUAUCCUGCAGUUGAAGGAAGAAUAACAUUUGCAAACGGAGAUUCUCACAGUGGAUCUACACAUACAUGCCUUGGCAGUCUUCCAGUGGUUUCCCUUCUAACUCUCUUUGCCUUACUGCAAACUCUAUUCUAAAAGUUGUUCUUACAUCUCCAUUGCCCGGAAGGACUGCUGCCUGUAAGAUUAGCAAGCAAGCAGUGGAAUUAAGAGGACGGAGCAAUAAAGCCACAAUACAAAUGCUGCAUGGGGAUAUCCUAUUGUAUUGGCUCCAAAGGACUAAAGGAAGUUAUAUAAUAUAAAGGUUUCUUUCCUGAUCUUGUAACCCCCUAAGCAACAAAUCACACCUGUUUCGUUGCUAUGGGUUACUAGAACUGAAUAGCAACUGUCAACGUCAGAACCUUUUUGAUCACUUUAUUGGGAAUAUGGGUUUAAAGACAUCAAGCAGUUAAGACAAACGGGAUCCUGUGUACACAGUUGUAUUUAUAACAUUGCUCCAUCAACUUACUGCAAUUUGGAAGAAACAUCAAUAUCAACAGUAGGAGAAAAAUAAGAAUUGUGUUUUCUUGGGAGAUCAGAUGACAUAGAAUAGGGUUUAUCUGUGAGUGUGAUUGCGUAACCAGGAAAGGCCUUUAUUUGCACAAUAAAAUGAAUAAAGGUAAUAUGCAGAACAUA